AAUAGACACUGACAUACACUUACACAGCAAUAAUGUCAUCAGCAAAUUUCAUAGUAUCUAUUUCCAUUUAAAAUUAAAAAAAUAUAUUAUAAUUUCUUUUAGAGGUAUAGUUAUUUAUUUAAUUUUUUGAAUAUGAUACUUAUAUUUUUGUAUUGUUUUUCCAAUAUAAUUAUUAUGCUAAAAAGCCAAGAAUAUUAUUCAUUUUAAAAUUCAAUUAGGUCUUGUCCCUCUCUCUUCUUUUCUAUUACUUCAAGGCGACAACAAUUAGAUUGCGUGCCUUCUUCUCAAACAUCAGUUUUUUUUUCUCUUCUUUCUCCGAUCAACUAUGGCUUAUUUAGCUCCGAUUUCUCCAUCCUUAUCAAUCAUUAGAAAACCCCAAUUAACCAUAUUCCAAUUCGUUUUUUCCCCACCGAACCCACUUUUCUCUCGACCUAGGAUUCAGAAUUUAAGGAUGCCCAGGAAUAAGACAUCUUCAUCUUCGGUGGUUGUCGCGGCAACAACGGCGGCGGAGAAGCAGAAGAAGAGAUAUCCCGGAGAAUCGAAAGGUUUUGUAGAGGAGAUGAGGUUUGUGGCGAUGAAACUUCAUACGAAAGAGCAAGCCAAGGAAGGAGAGAAAGAGACAAAAUCUCCUGAGGAACGUCCUGUGGCUAAAUGGGAACCAACUGUUGCAGGUUACUUGAGGUUUUUAGUGGACAGUAAGUUGGUUUAUGACACUCUUGAAGGGAUUAUUGACGAAGCCACUUUCCCAAGUUAUGCCGAAUUCAAGAACACGGGAUUGGAAAGGGCAGAGAAAUUGGCCAUUGAUUUGGAGUGGUUCAAGGAACAAGGUUACCAGAUUCCUGAACCAACUGCUCCUGGUAAAACAUAUUCUCAAUAUUUAAAGGAUUUAGCAGAGAAUGAUCCUCAAGCAUUCAUCUGUCACUUCUACAACAUCUACUUCGCCCACAGCGCUGGUGGCCGAAUGAUUGGGAGGAAGGUAGCAGAGAGAAUACUAGACGGUAGAGAACUCGAGUUCUACAAAUGGGACGGCGAACUUUCCCAGUUGUUGCAGAACGUCAGGGAAAAACUGAACAAAGUUGCCGAGGAGUGGACAAGAGAACAGAAAAAUCAUUGUUUGGAAGAGACCGAAAAAUCGUUCAAGUAUUCUGGUGACAUACUUCGUCUCAUAUUGUCAUGAUUUGAUUCAGUCUCUCUAGAUCUCUCAAUACGGCUUGUGGCAACUUAAAUCAUGCUCAAGUUAUAUUCCUGUAAUAUAUUAAUUCCUUCAGCUUGUAUUAAACUCUCCUUUGCUUCAAGGUUAUUAUUAUUACGUUAAAAGUCAAUCAUUUGUGGAAGCCCCUUACCACAAUGAUAGUUUAUUAAUGUUUCUAUCUGAGUUUAUGAUAGUUUAUUAAUGUUUCUAUACUAUGAAGUCUGAGUUUUAGAGCCUUUGUUUUUAAUUAUACAAAAUUAAUGAAGCAAUUAAUUUUUAAUUAUGCAAGAUUAA